CCGACUCACUGUAGUGUGACAGCCACUUGAAGGAACUAAAUGAUGGAAAGUAGAAUGCAAAUUAAAAAAAGUAUCACGUUUAUCAAUAUCCUUUGGGACAUAAUAGAAACUAUUAUGUUUAUGAAAUGACUUUCGUGAAUGCUUUAUUUCAUUCCAGAAUUUUCCUGAUUUCAGCUCACAGCUUAUCCGCCCCAUUCCUGUUGGUGUGGUGCUUCUUCCAUUCGUUCCACACUGGCCGUCUCUCAUAAUCUUUGGCUAUCAGGGGCUCAACAUCCUUCCUGCUCUCCAUCCAAUAUCGUCCACCCGCGCGGGUUGAGCAGGCAAGAAUGAUCCGAGCAAACAGGAAAGCGGGUUGAAACGGGCUGCCGGCGCCGCCACGCUCGAACCUGCUUCCUCUGUGCACGCUUACACUUGUUUACAUGGUUGAAUUCUUGACGCGGGUCGGCGCUGGUAGCCGGCGCGGGCAAACCUGCUUUCUCUGUGCACGCACCCUUACUCCUUUGCACCUUUCUGAAAGGAAAAUCUGCGCCCCAUCUUGUGAAAGAAAGGGUUUCUCGAGUUCGUCACUUCUCUCGCUUCUGAUUGGCUGAUCUCUUGAUCCUAUCUCGCUUCUGAUUGGCUGAUCUAAUCCUAAUCCUCGGCCAUCCAGUGACACAAUCAUCACCUCCAGAGACGCCCACUCUCAGAGCAAGACCCGACGGGAACACACUUCUCCAGUGAAAGACACUUGUGGACAUUGAAGCCCCUUCAAAGCAGUCACGAGCGCCAUGACGAAGACAGCGGCCGCGGGGUUAUCCGUUCUCGUGAUCUUGGCUGCCGCUUGGAUUUCCGUCUCGGGGCUUGGGUAUUCUGCCUCGUCGAAGUCUGACAGCUCUCUUUGUCCCGACACCGACACCUUGCCAGCAUGUUCGGCGAAGAUGACCCAGUGUGCCCCACUCAAUUCGCUGUUGGCUCCCCUUCUUGGCACUCCCAGCGCCAUCAUCAGCUGUUCCAACUCGACGGGAAUUCCGCUCUCCCCUAGAUAUUACGCCAAUCUAGGGAAAGCCAUGGUGACGGGUGAGAGCUCAGGCCUUGGUGGUAAGCCGACGUCAGAUCCCAUAGCCAAUCUUGCCAUCAGGCAGUGUGUCCUGAACUCAACAGGAAUGCUCGGUCCAGAUAUGAGCCUCGACAGGACGGCCGUCGGCGCUACUGUGAGCCUGCUCUCCCCGCCUGAUCUUGGCUCUGCCGUCUUCGUCGCCGCCACCACCACCUGCCCGGUGCCCUCCACGCUCAAAAUCACCGACUACAUUAAGUGCAUCAAGAAGACGUGCAUAGCCAAUGCUGUGGUUCCGGGCAUGGCGCCGUCAGGCAUGGUUGUGCCUACUGUGUCCGUUCGCGAUAUUGCCACUCCAACCUUUUUCUAGCUGCUGUGGUGAUAGUGAUGAUGAUAAUGGUGAUGGCGAUGAUGAUUGGACUUUACUAUUUAGUAAAUCUGAGUCUUAA